AUAGUAUUAUUAUCUAAUCAUUAUACUCUACAUGUAUGUCUCUGUAUCAGUCUUGGCUUAGAAGGUAGGAUAUAAACUCACAUUUUUAUUAGUGGCGACAAAGGUUUCACAUACACAGCCGCGGAUACUUUUAUCUAAAGGAAGUUACCAAACAUUAUUAUCAACAUGGAUUGUUGUGGCUGCCUAGCCAGCUUUGGCCUCAUUAGCUUCAACCUUAUCUUCAUGUUGUCUGGCAUCGCGGUCCUCGGUGUCGGGAUAUGGGCAAGGGUGAACAAGGACAUCGUUAAUAUGCAACAUAUUGUGACCCUGGAUUCCGGCGACAAUGCACUUAAAACUGCCUCUACGGUCCUCAUCAUCUUCGGUGUCGUCGUUCUGCUGUUUGCUGCAUUCGGCUUCUUUGCCGCCUGUCUGCCAAAGCGAUGUUCUGGAGGAAAAAAGUUCUUCGGCGGACUGUACAUCUUCUUUCUAUCGCUAGUGCUGAUAGGUGAACUGAGUGGCGGAAUAACAGCUGCAGUUUUUAAGAAAAAGAUAGACGAUCAGCUGCCUGACAUUCUGAAAAAGACGCUGAGUACGCAUUAUAAGCCAGGAAACAAUCUACAGGCCAAGGCUUGGGACUAUGUGCAAGUCUGGUUGACUUGUUGCGGCUCAAAAGAAGGACCUCUAGAUUACAUUGGCACAAAUUUCACCAGCUCGGAUAAAUACGUUCCAGACACGUGCUGUGUCCUGACAAAUAAUAACCCGGAUCAACCUAAUCCAAAGAACUCUACCGCAUGUCAACUUGAGGCCGGUCAGAUACAGAGCAAACUUAAUCUUACUACCACUUCUGAUUUCGUCAAGACAGAGGGUUGCUAUACUUCGUUUGAAUCGCAAAUUAAGAGUCACGUGAUUCUGUUAAUUGGCGUCGGAGUAGGCAUAGCCAUGCUGGAGUUUCUGGGUAUUGUACUGGCAUGUAUCGUGUGCAGAAGGGGAGACAAAGAUGAUUAAUACUUACGUUGAAGAAAAUCGUCACGACGUUUAUUUGUUAAAAUUCCAUGAGCGUAAAACAAACUUAACUUGAAUAUUGACGUUAUACUUGGUUAUAUGUAAUGUCAUGAUUUCCCUCUAUUCAUAAACAACGUAUAGUAUCUGAAGGGAGAAGAAAACUUGUCCAAAGGCUUAUGUAUAAAAUGCAUAACUGUAAUCUUAGCAAGACAUCGUUGAUUUCAAAUUGAUUUUGACAUUGUGAAUAAUAAAAAAAAAUCGUAAUCGAAUAAAUUACUAUGUGCGCAUUUUCACUUUUUAAAUGUAUAAGUAAUUAAUACUUUCGUUAUUUUUUGCAAUUGGAACAUUCUCUAAAAAUAGUGUACCCGUAAAAUGAGACAAACUAAAACAGAUAUCUCAUGUAAAAAUGUGUAACUGUUGCACUGUUGUAAUUAAAGUGGUAUUUAGAACAUGACACAUCUUUGGAAAGGAUCAUAUCAAUACUAGUGUUUUGCAUGUGUCCCUAUAUUGUAAUUACUAAUAAAUAGACAACUGAUUAAA